CAGUUUUGCUGAACCAAAAGCAAGUCUCUUGGUUGCUAGAUCUCAAGCUAUUUUCUUUCUUUCUUCUUCUUUUUUUUCUCGAAAUCCAAACAGAAAAAAGUUGAGAACUUUGGUUGUAAGAAGAAGAAAUGGGUGAUAAAGAUGAUGGUUUGGGGUUGAGUUUGAGCUUGGGUUGUGGUCAGAAUCAGCCUUCUUCUAAAUUAAAUUUCAUGUUUUUAGCUUCAAACCCCUUGCAAAAUCUUCAGCAGAACAAAACUUGGAACCGACUGUGUCUGUCUUCUGAUGGACACAUGGAUACAGGAUCAUUUCUUCGAGGAAUCGAUGUGAACCGAGCACCGGCAGCAACGGUCGAUUGCGAGGAAGAAGGUGGGGGGGUGUCGUCGCCCAACAGCACUAUUUCCACCAUAAGUGGGAAGAAAAACGAGAGAGAUCAUGUCGCUGAUGAAACCGAGGCCGAGAGAGAUUCUUGCUCUCGUGCCAGCGAUGACGAAGAUGGCGGUGGCAAUGCUGGUGGCGGGGAUGCCUCGAGGAAGAAGCUUAGGCUUUCAAAGGAACAAUCCAUGGUGCUGGAAGAAACUUUCAAGGAGCAUAGUACUCUGAAUCCGAAACAAAAGUUGGCAUUGGCUAAGCAAUUGAAUCUCAAGCCCAGGCAAGUGGAGGUUUGGUUUCAAAACAGAAGGGCAAGGACAAAGUUGAAGCAGACGGAAGUCGACUGCGAGUAUCUAAAAAGGUGUUGCGAGAAUCUAACGGAGGAGAACCGGAGGUUGCAUAAGGAAGUACAAGAACUUAGAGCACUGAAACUAUCCCCACAGCUUUACAUGCACAUGAAACCUCCUACGACACUCACCAUGUGCCCGUCUUGUGAACGUGUGGCUGCCCCUGGUUCUUCUGCUGUGAAGCGUUGCCAAACGAGCCCUGACCGUCAACAGCCAGUGCCUGUUAACCCUUGGGCUGCAAUGCCGAUUACUCAUCAACCUUUCAAUGCCCCUGCAUCUAGAUCAUAAUAUCUCAAAUGGCAGAAUAUUUUUGGGGAGGAUACAAACAAAUGAGUGACUGGUUAGGAAACUAAUUUUUCUUAAAAGCCUUUGUACCCUUUUUGGACAAGACAGGUAUUAAGGUAGGGCCCGUGACAGAAUUUUCUAUCUAUAUAAUAGGAAGCUGGGAGUUUAGAUAAUAUAUAUAUUUAUUUAUAUAAAAUAUAACAGAAGAAUCUGAAUCCCUUUCGUUUAUAUUAUUGUGAUCUGUUGGGGGCAAAUUGAGAAAGUAGAAAGGGGCAUUCAUAUAUCUAAAGAUUCUAAUGAAGGAAUAACAACUAUAUGGGAAAGAUAGGCUUCGUUUCA